GAAACGAAACUCAAUAGGAAAAACUCCGGGGAGCAGAGCAUGGAGGGAGACUUCCAGGUGUGCGGGAACUGCAGAAGAAGUGUGGGCUCUGCCCACCUCACCCUCCAUGAGGCCCACUGCCUGCAGUUCCUGGUGCUCUGCCCAGAGUGUGAGGAGCCUGUCCCAAAGUUGAAAAUGAAGAAGCAUUAUGAAAAUAAGCACCAGUCGGCUCGUGGGUCUGGCCAAGACAAGGAGUUCCUGUUUCAGGAACGCCAGCAGUAUUCCAUCAAGGGCAAGUUCUGUGAGCUAACAGGGCCCCUAACGGAGUUGCGGAUCCAUGAAUCCCACUGUGGCAAGCAGACAGAGUGCUGUCCACACUGUGGCCAGUUCAUCAGGCUUCAAGUACUGGCCCAGCACAAAGAAGUCUGUCAGAAUGAACAGGCCCAUCUUGAAAAAGGGAAGAGAAUGUCAACUCCUGAAAGGAAAAUCCACUGUGAUUAUUGCAAUCAAGUGUUUCCAGAAAAUGAGUACAUCCUCCAUAGGGAUAAAUGUUGUUCAGUCUCAGAGUCUGGGAAGCAUCAUCCAUCUGGAAAGCCAAAAAUUCUUCCUCUGUCCCUCCCAAGUGAGGCUGCUGGAAAUCAAACUUUCACAGCUGAGAGAGUUGUACGUCCAAAGACACAAAAUAGAAACAGAUCUCCUCAACUUUCAACACAGAGAGCCCUGAGGGACAAAAACAAAAUCACGAAUCUGCCUUUGAAGGCUGAGCACAAGCCAAGGACUGCCUUUCCUACAGAAGACGAGGCAGCCUAUAACAUUCUGAGGAGAUGUACUCAGUGUAGUAUCCUACUUCCCCUGCCCACCCUACGUCAACAUCAGGAGAAAUGCCUGCGGUUAGCUUCAUGGAAAGGAAAACAAGUGAGAAAGGCCAGCUAGAUUUGGAAAAGAGACAAGGUUUGCCCAAGGGAUACAGAUGACCAAGAGAAAAAUGAAUUCUGGUUCUUCUGGCUGAGCUUUCUGAUUAGAGACCCCAGCUUUGCCCUGAAGAAUAAAAAUGCCCUUCCUGAAAUCUUCUUGUUAAC